GAAAUGUGUACUGAACGGAAGCCGCCAUAGGUCAAUUUCAUUCGGCGUGCUCAUUUGAACAAGAAGAACCGCUUCGAAGCACGGGAGGAGAGCGGCCCAGUACGAUAAUUCAACUUUCAAGUCAAUAUUGAUGGAGUGGCAGCCAGAUGAGCAGGGACUUCAGCAGGUCCUCCAACUGCUCAAAGACUCGCAGUCGCCCAACACAGUCACGCAAAGAGCAGUCCAACAAAAACUCGAACAGCUCAACCAAUUUCCCGACUUCAACAACUAUCUCAUAUUUGUUCUCACACGACUCAAAACUGAAGACGAGCCCACUCGCUCUCUUAGCGGUCUGAUACUAAAGAACAAUGUUAAGGCCCACUACCAGAACUUCCCCCCAACUGUUGCUGAAUUCAUCAAGCAGGAAUGUCUCAACAACAUUGGUGACCCCUCGCCGCUCAUUCGUGCCACCAUUGGCAUCCUGAUAACUACUAUUGCCUCCAAGGGAGAGCUACAAACAUGGCCUGAGCUGCUUCCACAGCUCUGCAACUUGCUCAACUCGGAGGACUACAACAUCUGCGAGGGCUCGUUUGGAGCACUGCAGAAGAUCUGCGAGGACUCGUCGGAGCUGCUGGACAGCGACGCUCUGAACCGACCGCUCAACAUUAUGAUACCAAAAUUCCUCCAAUUCUUCAAGCACUGCAGCCCCAAGAUUAGGUCUCAUGCCGUCGCCUGUGUGAACCAGUUUAUCAUCGGAAGAGCCCAGGCCCUAAUGGACAACAUUGACCCAUUCAUAGAGAGCCUUUUUGCGCUGGCAACUGAUGAGGACUCUGAGGUUCGAAAGAACGUGUGCCGAGCCCUGGUCAUGUUACUGGAGGUCCGCAUUGACCGCCUGAUCCCCCACAUGCACAGCAUCAUCCAGUACAUGCUGCAGAGAACCCAGGACCCCGAUGAGAACGUGGCUCUGGAGGCCUGCGAGUUUUGGCUGACUUUAGCGGAGCAGCCCGUCUGUAAGGAGAUGCUGUCUGGACACCUGGUGCAACUGACACCUAUCUUGGUAAAUGGGAUGAAGUAUUCCGAGAUAGACAUCAUACUAUUAAAGGGUGAUGUGGAGGAGGACGAGGCUGUACCAGAUAGUGAUCAGGACAUCAAACCCCGUUUCCACAAGUCGCGCACGGUCACCCUGCAGCACGAAGGAGGGGAGGGUGAGGAGGGCGAGGACAAUGAUGACGACGAUGAUGAUGACGACGACACGCUCUCUGACUGGAAUCUGCGAAAGUGUUCAGCCGCAGCACUGGACGUGCUGGCCAAUGUGUUCCGUGACGACCUGCUGCCCCACCUCCUGCCGCUGCUUAAAGAACUGCUCUUUCACCCCGACUGGGUCGUCAAGGAGUCUGGCAUCCUGGUGUUGGGGGCCAUUGCUGAGGGCUGCAUGCAGGGCAUGGUGGCCUACCUGCCAGAGCUGAUUCCCCACCUUAUCCAGUGUCUAUGUGACAAAAAGGCCUUGGUGCGCUCAAUUGCCUGCUGGACCCUGAGUCGCUAUGCACAUUGGGUGGUCUCCCAGCCCCCAGACUCCUUCCUCAAACCCCUUAUGACAGAGCUUCUUAAACGCAUCCUGGACGGCAACAAGAGGGUGCAGGAGGCCGCUUGCAGUGCGUUUGCUACCCUGGAAGAGGAGGCGUGCACAGAGCUGGUGCCCUACCUGAGCUUUAUUCUGGACACACUGGUGUUUGCCUUUGGGAAGUACCAGCACAAGAAUCUCCUCAUUCUCUACGAUGCCAUAGGAACUCUGGCGGACUCAGUGGGUCACCACCUCAAUCAGCCUGAGUACAUUCAGAAGUUGAUGCCCCCCCUUAUUGCCAAGUGGAAUGAGCUGAAGGACGAAGACAAGGAUCUCUUCCCACUACUAGAGUGUCUGUCGUCCGUUGCCACGGCCCUGCAGAGUGGGUUUCUGCCUUACUGUGAGCCCGUCUAUCAGCGCUGUGUCACACUAGUCCAGAAGACACUAGCUCAGGCUAUGAUGUACAACCAACAUCCAGACCAGUAUGAGGCUCCUGACAAAGAUUUUAUGAUUGUGGCCUUGGAUCUGCUGAGCGGCCUGGCCGAGGGUUUGGGGGAACACGUGGAACAGCUAGUGUCCCGCUCGAACAUCAUGACCCUGCUUUUCCAGUGCAUGCAGGAUACAAUGCCUGAGGUCAGGCAAAGCUCCUUCGCUCUGCUGGGAGAUCUAACCAAGGCAUGCUUCCUCCAUGUUAAGCCCUGCAUUGCUGAGUUCAUGCCUAUCCUGGGGCUCAACCUAAACCCAGAGUUUAUAUCUGUGUGUAACAACGCCACCUGGGCCAUUGGAGAGAUCGCCAUGCAAAUGGGUGCCGAGAUGCAGCCGUAUGUGGGCGUGGUUCUGCCAAACCUGGUGGAGAUCAUCAAUAGACCCAACACACCCAAGACUUUGCUGGAAAACACAGCCAUUACAAUUGGCAGACUGGGUUACGUCUGUCCCCAGGAGGUGGCACCACAGCUGCAGCAAUUCAUAAGACCAUGGUGCACAUCGUUGAGGAAUAUCAGAGAUAACGAGGAGAAGGACUCGGCCUUCAGGGGAAUCUGCGUGAUGAUCGGCGUCAACCCUGCAGGAGUGGUGCAGGACUUCAUCUUCUUCUGUGACGCUGUUGCCUCCUGGGUCAACCCCAAGGACGACCUGAGAGACAUGUUUUAUAAGAUCUUGCAUGGCUUCAAGGAUCAGGUCGGGGAGGAGAACUGGCAGCAGUUCUCUGAGCAGUUCCCACCUCUGUUGAAGGAGCGCCUGUCGGCCUGCUAUGGCGUUUAACCCAAACCUCUUCCUCGUCCACACAGGACACCAACCUGUUAGGUUAAUGUAGGGUAGGGUUACUGGGGAACUCAUUGCACUGCCCAGAUUGUGGGGAGAAACAAGAGCUGGAAGGAUGUGACUGGCCUUGAUCCUCCAUUCAGCGGAUGGCCCCCCUUCCCCCCGCGCCCUGUGUGUCUCUCUAAGGGAGGG